UUACUUUGUUUGUUAUUUUUCAAAGUUUUCGACAUAAUUAUAAAACUGAAAAACGUAUAUUAUUUGUAUCUGGUAGUUUGUUUCCUAAGGUAUUUAAUUAAUUAGAAACUUAUCGAUAAAGAUAUGGAGGAGAUAGAAUUUCCUUUCCCGUUCAAACCUUACGACAUACAACAAAAGUUUAUGAAGGAACUGUAUCUCACAUUAGAAAAGCGCGGAUUGGGAAUAUUCGAGAGUCCCACUGGUACUGGUAAAUCAUUGAGCAUUUGUUGCGGAGCUUUACAGUGGUUGAAAGAUCAUGUUCAAAAAGAAGAAGAACAAUUAGAAAAAAGUAUCACCCAGCUCAAAUCUGAAAUUUCGUCACAAACAUCUAAUGAUGACUGGUUACAAGAAGAAUAUGAAAAAAUCAAAAAGACACAAGUACUGGCUGAACUAAACUCUAAGCUAGACCACAUAAAGAAAAGAAGAACCUAUUUCUCAGAUUUAAAAUCCCGAGUAGCAAAACAAAAAGCAAAUUUAUCAAUUAAAGAAUCUGUAAGACUUAAAGAUUUUAGUAAGAAAUAUGAUAAGGAAAAGGAAAAUAUUAAUGAAGAAAAUAAGGAGCCUAUUGCUGAGGAUCAUGAUCUUAUUUUAGAAGAAUUUGAGGAGAAAGAAUGUUCUGAUGAUGAAGAGACUGAAGAGAAACUAAAUGAUAAUAAUACUAAGAUAUACAUAAGCAGCAGAACUCACAGUCAACUGUCCCAAUUUGUUGGUGAGAUCAAGAGGACGGUGUUCAACGAGGACACCAGGGUGGUGACGCUGGCCUCCCGCCAACACUACUGCAUCAACCCUGAUGUUGCCAAACUCAAGAAUGUCCACCUCAUUAAUGAAAGAUGUCUAGACAUGCAAAAGUCAAGCACAAAAAGCACAGCAGUAGAUGAAGAUGGCAAAGUGCUGAAGAAAACUAAAACAAAGUCCUGCACAGCCUGCCCUUACUACAAUCAGAGUAAUGUUACUAAACUGAAAGAGAGAUUGCUAGUUGACAUUAUGGACAUGGAAGAUUUGCUUAAAAAUGGGAAGGAGUUGAAAGGCUGUCCUUAUUAUGCUUCUAGGGCUGCCUUGGAAGAUGCCCAGGUAGUUUUACUCAGUCACGCGGGCAUAGUGAGCGCGGGGGCGCGCGAAGGCGUAUCAUUACAACUAGACAACAACAUCCUCAUCCUUGAUGAAGCCCACGGGCUAACCGCAGCCCUGGAGUCCGCACACUCGGCCCCGGUCACUGACAACCAACUGACAGCUGUCAAUACCUUCCUCAAGUUCUACAUAAACAAGUACAGGGCAAGAUUGAGUAGUAGAAAUCUACUUUGUUUGAACCAGCUGAGUUUUGUGGUUGGGAAGUUGUGUGGAAUAAUUAAAAGUAAAUCUGCUGCAAAGAAAGAAGAAGACACAACAAUAUUUACAGUUGAAGAUUUCGUUAUCAAAGCGGAAAUAGACCACAUGAACUUAAGACCACUCAUUGAAUUCUGCAAAGCCACAAGGUUAGCGCAGAAACUGCAUGGAUUUUCUAUGAAGUACAACCAGCAAAUGCUAGAAGAUGAAGCUAAGAAGGUGGAAGUUAAGAAGAAAAGUUCUUUAGAGGCGUUUCUGAAGAAUAUCUCUAAAAAGAAAGUGGAGGAAGAAGUGACGGUGCAACCGGUAGUGGAGGAAAAACCAGUUGCUCAGGCUACAACUUCAGCCGGCACCGCCCUCUACGCGGUGCUAGAGCUACUCCGCAUGCUAUCCUCGCGCUGCUCCCGCGGGCGCGUGUCUCUGCGGCGCGCGCUGCUGCGGUACGAGCUGCUGGACGCCACCGCCCACUUCACUGACGUCGUCACUAGAUGUCGCUCAGUAGUGGUAGCAGGAGGAACUAUGGAGCCGAUAGCCGAGUUCCAAUCACUACUGAAAGGCGACGACCCCUCUCCUCAUGACGUCACCAGCCCCCGUCGUGACGUCACCGUGGUGCGGUGCGACCAUGUCGUGCCAGCCGAGAAUGUGCUGGCUGUGUGUCUGUCCAAGGGACCGUCCAAUUUGAGCCUUAAUUUCUCGUACGAGAGUCGCCAGUCGAAGCCUAUUCUAGACGAACUGGGCCGAAUCCUACGCAACAUAUGCAACAUAGUACCCGGCGGUGUCAUAUGCUUCCUGCCGUCCUACUCGUACGAACAAACCAUCCAUGAGCAUCUGAAAACUGCAGGCGUGUUGGAUGUCAUCGGGAAGAAGAAGAAAGUGUUCAGGGAACCCAAGAAUGCUUCAGAUGUGGAACAGGUAUUGCAAAAGUACGCGCUGGCCGUGAAAAACAAAGACAACGGCAAUACUGGAGCCUUGCUGCUGAGCGUGGUUGGAGGAAAACUUAGUGAAGGACUUAAUUUCAGUGACGCGCUCGGUCGCUGCGUCCUAGUCGCCGGGAUGCCGUACCCCAACUCCCGCUCUCCUGAACUGCAGGAGAAGAUGAAGUACCUGAGCCGCGGGCGCGCCGGCGCCGGGAAUGAAUAUUAUGAGAACCUGUGCAUGAAGGCCGUCAACCAGUGUAUAGGUCGCGCAGUGAGGCACGUCAACGACUACGCUUGCGUGUUAUUGGUCGACGAGAGAUAUUCAAGACCACACACAGUGUCUGCACUACCGACAUUCGUUCAGAAAUCACUCACCACCAACGCCAACUUUGGACCCACCAUCGGGAGUAUAGCUAAGUUUUUCACGAGACAUAAAGAUAAGGAUAAUGUUAAAUAGAAUAUAUGAAAGUUGUUGGUGCAAUGGACGUGUGCCUAUUUGCCUAAUGGUUGUUUGUUCAACGAUUGGUGUGUCAAUGUUUAACAAUUAUUACUAUAAUGCUCUCUGAAUUGUGAUAAAAUGUAUAUGAAAUAAGUAAGUUAUUAAUAACUAUAAUUAAGAACAAUAAUUAGUGCCUUAAUGACAUGUCACAAGCUUUUUUUUAA